AUGACUGCAAUUGAGAAAGAAGCCCGUCCCACGGACGAGGAAGUUGCUCGCAGCAUCUCGCCAGAGCCAAAGAAGCAUCCUGUAAAAUGGUAUCGCUCCACCUUCUACAACGCCCUUAUCCUGGGUCUCUGCAACUUCCUUGCUCCCGGCAUCUGGGGCGCCAUGAACUCACUCGGUGCAGGGGGUGCAGAGAAGCCCUACCUCGUUAACGCCGCCAACGCACUAACCUUCUGUCUGAUGGUGGUGACCUGCUUCUUCGGCAGUGCCGUUGUGCGACUCGUCGGCAUCAAAUGGACCCUCGUGAUCGGGACAAUGGGAUACGCCCCGUACGCGGCAGGGCUGUAUACGAACAACCGCUUCGGCACGGAAUGGUUCGUCCUGCUCGGCGCGGCGCUGUGCGGCCUGUCCGCCGGCCUAUUCUGGAUGGCGGAGGGGGCGAUUGCGCUGUCGUAUCCGGAGCCACACAAUCAGGGCCGAUUCCUGGGUUUCUGGCUGAGUUUCCGCGUGGGGGGCCAGAUCCUGGGCGGCGCGAUCAACCUGGGCAUCAACGCGAACCGGUCGACGGCCGGGAGCGUCUCGUACACGGUCUACUUGGUGUUUAUCGCCCUACAGGCUCUCGGUCCCUUUGCAGCGCUGCUGCUGAAUAAGCCGUCGCGGGUGCAGCGGACGGAUGGUCUCCCCGUCCGACUGGGCAUCUCGCAUAGUCCGUUGUACGAGCUCAAGGCGAUGGCCAAGCUGUUCAUCCGCCGCGACUUCCUCUUGAUCGUCCCGCUCAUUGUGCAGGCUGUCUUCACUGAGGCGGUUAUGUUCACGUUUCUGUCGCUGUGGUUCUCCGUGCGGGCCCGUGCCCUCGGGUCGUUCCUGUCCGGAAUCAUCGCCUUGAUCGUGGGUAAUCUGCUUGGGGCGUUCCUGGACAGUCGAAAGCUGUCGCUGCGGUCGCGAAGCCGCGGAGCCUUUUUCGUGGUGCUGGGCCUGCAGGGGGCAUGGUGGGUUUGGGCGACCGUGAUCGUGACCGAGUACCAUCGCACGCUGCCGUCGUAUGACUGGGCCGAUGCUGGCUUUGGGCGCGGAUUUGCGCUGUAUCUGUUUUGGGUUGCGGGGUUUCAGCUCAAUUACAUGUAUCUGUUCUUUGUCGUCGGCAAUCUGGCGUCGAGUGAAGAAGAGGUUGUCCGGAUGGCCAGUCUCCUACGUGGGACAGAGUCGGCCUCGCAGGCUGUAUCGUAUGGCCUGGACAGUGUCAAGAUCAUGAGCUCUGUGGGCAGCACCUACCUGAACUUCGGUUUGUGGGCCAUCGCUCUGCUACCUGCGUGGCUUGUGAUCAAGGAGAUUGGAGUGUCUCUGGGGGAUAAGAAGGUCGAAAGGGAGACUCGGGGGAUUGACAAUGGUCCGCAGGAAUAG